AAAGCGCAGCAUCAUGACAUUUAAUAAUAAAACAACUGGAUAGAGAAUUGGUGCAGUUUCAUCUUGAAUCACAUAAUUUUAAUAACCCCUGAUUAGUGCUGCAGGCAGACAGUUGAAUGCAUAGCCGGGUCGUAAAAAAAGACAACAGAAAUGGCAAAAACACAGCUAUAAAUUGCUGUAUUUCCAAGGAAGAUUAGGCUACGUUUGACGAGCUACGUGCCGACGCAGUCACGUGAUAUGCAAUACGGAAGUAGUUCUAGCACAAGUCACUGAACGACGGCCAGUGAAAAAAUCGAUUUAAUGUUCACCUGCUGUAAUUCUCCCUAAAACGCGAUACGUUACAUGGUCAGGAUGACGCAGAAGCAUUACCUGGAGGGCCAGGUGUACUCUGUGCCCCUGAUCCAGCCCGACCUGAGGAGAGAGGAAGCCAUCCAGCAGAUCACAGACGCGCUCAUGUACCUGGAGAAGAUCUCCACAGACAUAUUCAACAGGGUGUCACAGAGCGUUGAGAAGAAUCGUGCCCAACUGCAGACUGUCACAGACCGCAUUACACUGGCUCAGGCACGAGUACAGAAGAUCAAGGGUAGCAAGAAAGCCACCAAGGUGUUCUCCAGUGCUAAGUACCCGGCCCCAGACUGUCUGCGGGACUACACUUCCAUUUUCUCCGGGGCCAUGGACCCCUCCGCACACAGGCGCCAGCGACUACGCAUGACAGGCAAACACCGGCCCUUUGAUGAGAAGGCACUACAGGAGAAGCUGAUGUACUUCCCGGUGUGUGUGAGCACUAAGAAGCGUUCGGAGGACGAGACGGAGGAGGGCCUGGGCAGCCUGCCCCGCAACAUCAGCUCUGUCAGCUCACUGCUGCUCUUCAACACUACAGAGAACCUGUACAAGAAGUAUGUGUUUCUGGAUCCGCUGUCGGGGGCGGUAACUAAGACUCACACCAGCCUGGAGACAGAGAAGGAGGAGAAACCCUUUGAUGCUCCACUCUCCAUCACCAAGAGGGAGCAGUUAGAGAGACAGGCCCCAGAGAAUUACUUCUACGUGCCUGAUCUGGGGCAGGUGCCUGAGAUUGACGUGCCCUCCUACCUGCCUGACCUGCCGGGCAUAGCGGACGACCUGUCCUACAGCGCUGAUCUGGGGCCGGGGUUCGCCCCCUCCGUGCCCUCCUCUGCCAACAUGCCCGAGCUGCCCUCCUUCACAGAGCCCGAGGAAACCAACGGCCCUGCAGGUGGGACGUUUAGGGAGGCAGCCGCACCCCCUCCACCACCUCCCCCACCUCCCCCUCUCCCUCUACACUCCUCCCCUGUGCAGGCCCCGCCUACAGGGGCUCCUCCGGCCCCACCCCCUCCUCCUCCCCCACCGCCACCACCUCCCCCUCCUCCUGCGAUGGACACCAUGGAUAACACGUCCACACAAGCACCCGCGGGCGGGGUGCGGGGGGCCCCUUCGGAGGUGGUGCAGCCGUCAGGCGGGCGUGCCAGCCUGCUGGAGUCCAUCCGCAACGCUGGCGGCAUUGGCAAGGCCAAGCUCCGCAACGUCAAGGACAGGAAACUGGAGAAGAAGAAGCAGAAGGAGCAGGAGCAAGUGGCGGCAGCAGCAGCGGCGGGCGGUGGAGACUUCAUGUCAGACCUGUUCAAUAAGCUGGCCAUGCGCAGGAAAGGUAUCUCAGGUAAAGGCCCUGCAGGCGGAGGCGGAGAUCCGGCUGACUCCACCCCCUCCGGAGCCGGCGGCGCAUUCGCCAGGAUGUCGGACGUGAUCCCGCCCCUUCCCGCUCCACAGCAGGCGGGCGGCGAAGAGGAUGAGGACUGGGAGGCGUAGUUACCAUGGCAACUACAGCACCAAGCUGUCUGAACUGAAGAUAGCGAUGGAGAGGGAGAGAGAGAGUGAUGAAACGCCCCCUAGGGGGACACUAAGGACUGAAGUGUACUGAAGUAUGACUGGAAGACAGGUGUGGGUGUGAGAGAGACGGGGGCGUGCGUGAGCGCGCUGAAGUGUGUGCGUGCUGAAGUAUUUCUGUGAGAUGGGGAGAGAGAGAGAGACUGAGUUUGCUAAGGUGUGUGUUGUGUAUGUGUGUGUGUUGCGUGUGUGUGUUGCUGAAGUACAGUAUGUAUGAGUGAGCUAGUGAGGCUUUUUGUAAUCAUAAUGUGUAUAACAAUACUAAUAAUUUCAUCCGCUGAGCAGUGCCAAGAAUGUCUAAUGAAUAAAUUCCUAGUCAUUUCA